AUGGAUAGUACCAAAGCGGAUGUGUCUCAAGGUAGCGCUGACGACAAAAGCGCCAACCAGGACUCCGGGCAGAAGGACCGGCGGCAGGCGUUCGACUGCAACAUAUGUUUCGAGGAUGUCGUCGAGCCGGUGGUGACGCGCUGCGGACACCUGUUCUGCUGGGGAUGCCUGCUCAACUGGCUUAACCGGGGCAGCGACACAUGCCCAGUCUGCCAUGCGUGCGUAACCAAGGAGAACGUAGUGCCGCUGUACGGCCGCGGAGAGGAAAGCAAGGACCCUCGCUCGAAGCCCUCGGAGCCCAGGCCAGCCGCUGAGCGGCCGGAACCGCACCAGCACGACGAUCACAACAAUGUAGGCGCGGCGUUUGGCGGAAUCGCAAUAUCACUUUUCGCCCUGCCAAUCUCGUUUGUCAUGCCGUUUCACUUCAACGGGCACAUGGGAAUCGGCCUCACCAACUUGUUUACCGUGCUCACCAACACCGACCAGAUGACGCCAGAACAGAGGAGGGCGCACAUCAACUCCUUCGUGCUCAUAAUGCUCGGGCUCACGAUGAUCGCCUACAUCGUAUUGGUGAUGUGA